AUGUCCGUCCGGCAGGUGGCGCUGGGCCCCGCCUCUGCCGCCCACCGUUUGCGAAGGCGCCGGCGAGGCCGAGGGGCGGCAGGACCAGAGUCCGCUCCUCCUCCCCCGGGCUGGGCGGCCUGGGUGCCCUGGGAGUAUGGGGGGCCCGGCACCCCAGCCCGGACUCCAGGGCUGCGCCCACUGCCCCCCAACUCCCGCUCAGCCCACGUCCACGCGGCCCGUGCGCCCAAGGACUCGGCCCGGAGCCCCGCUGCCGAGCGCAGGGGUCGGGACAAUCUGCAGGGUAACCAGCAGGGCACCGUGGGGCGCUACGCAAGGCGCCAGCUAGUGGGUGACACAAUCCAGGCUGGGCCCAGGGAGCCGCCAGGCGGAAUUUGCACCCAUCCCACAGUGCCUUCAAUUGCAGUUGAUCGGCAGGACUUUGGAAUUUGUAUCGCAGGGCAGAAGGGCACCCGGACUCCUUCAUCAAACAGAACGUUUUCCAUUUCCCACACUGAAACUGCGCCCACGGAACACGACUCUCCUCACCCCGGCAACUGCAUUCCACUUCCUGUUUCUGUGCCCCUGCUGACGGAUGCGGCGUGUGAGCGGAAGCCGACGAGAUUUGUUCUUCUGCAUCUGGCUGAUUUCACCUGGACACGCGUCUUCCAGGCGAAGCCACACGAGGCUCAGGAGCGGACUCACCUCCACUCCAGUGCGCAGGGUGCGGGAAGCUGUUGGCACACCUGGGCAGCAGAAGCCACCGGCCCGGCCUGGCCAGUGUCGCUAGCAACGCAUCGCAGCAGAGAGCAGACCGGAAGGCCAGUUGGCGACGGAUGUGCUCCCAGGUCCCCAGCACUGACGGUCACAGCCUCGAGACUGGUUCCCCCAUUAGCCUCGCUGUCCUCUUUGCAGGAUGGGGGCAGGGACACCCACAGGCAGGGGGCGAGCGGGAACGUGCUCGGUCCUCUCAGCACUCAGGUCCCGGCUGCCAGGUGCCUAGGUCAGGGACUGCGUCUGACUCACCACUGUGUCCCCAGAGCUGUGUCUCCCGAGCCAGGCCUCGGGCAGAGAAUGAAGUAUCUGAAGAAUGAGUGAAUGGCCCUCGAGAAGCUGAAAUUCACCUGGGAAGUGAGGCUGCCACUGCCUGUGCCCCUCACGUGUGGGGGACAGCAGAGGGUUCCGGUCACAGAGGGAGGCAAUCCCUUUGACCCCGCGGUUUCAUCUGUCCAGGAUGCUUUCAAGAGCAGGAAACAGGAGCUGACUCUGAUAGCCCGGCUGGCCGAGUGUGUGUGUGUGUGUGUGUGUGUGUGUGUGCGUGCAUAUGUGUGCGUGUGUGUAAUGGUGAGAGGUAGGGGAGGAUGGUCCUUUGGGUCACAUUUGCCAGGAAAUCAGAUUCCUUCCUUCAAAUGCUGGGGCUUCCAGGAGGCCAAAUAUAGAUUCUUGCUUAAUGCCACGAAAAAGAAAGAUUGCAGUCCACAAAGAGCUUGGGUGACAAGUUCCUUUGGGGACUACCUUACUGCUCUAGACUGGAGGUGGUUUCAGAGCCUGUGAUCCUUCUAUCCAUCUAUCCAUCCACCCAUCAUCCAUCUACCUAUCUCUCCUUUCAUCUAACCAUCCAUCCACCCACUCACCUAUCCAUUCAUCCAU